UUAUCGGCCAGCACCGGUAAGGGAGACUCAAAAAUGUCUCCCUCUCGAACAAAACUUAUUGAAGAGAUGAUCGAUUCAUCGAUAGUGAUGCGAUCAAAGGGGCAUGCACCGAUACUAUUUGCUCACGCUAGGCUUAACCUCAGUGAAGGUUCAGCGUUCGCAGCUUUGCAAAGGCAGAAAGCUACGCAAGAUUCACCAACAUCCGGUCGUCGAGCUAAAAGUCUUGACACUCCUGUCAUUUCGCUACACAAACUUCCACCAAUGAAUGCUUUCUCAUCGAAAGACGAUACUGUCGGGUACGACGAAGAAGCCGAAGUGCUGGAAGUGAAACCAUUGCAGAAAAAAGAGCAAACCAUCGAGGAGGAACAAGACGAAUCGGUUCACUCGUGUGCAGAAGCAAUCGUCGUUACCGAUUCAAAGUCAUCGCGACAAACGUCGACCGUAGAUGAGGAAGCCAAAAUGGUGAUGAUCGAAGAAGACGAACUAGAACUGCUGGAUCGACUGAAGUACAUUGAAAAAAUUGAACUACAAGGCGUGAAAAUAAAAGAAAAACGCAAAACUAAAACCAAGUUGAAGAGUGGAAAUCAGUUGAUUCUUGAAAUCCCCAAAUACAAGUUUGAGCCUUUCAGUUCCGGUAACAGUUCAAUCAAAACGUCACCAGCAAUAAGUCGAGCUAGUAGCGUGGAGAGUACCGGAAAGCGACAGAAAACAGACAGUGGAACACAGACACCGACGGGUGGAGCAACGGCUAUCAAACAGAAGUGCAAAUCGACUAGCCCUAAGGGAACGGAGAAAAUUCCACAGCCCAAACGGAGGGCAUCGGAUGAAGUGAAAAAAACUUCACCGAAUGAUAUACUUCGGACCAAGAGUCAGGAAGCGCUCGGUAAAAAGGGAAGCGCCAAAGAAAAGUCAAAAUCACUGGAGAAAAUGGAACUUCGAAGACAAGGGAGCAAAGAGAAAAAGUCCUUUGAAGAGAGUGAACUGGAAAGAGCUCGCCGUAAGGAACGACAACAGAAGCUGUACGAGUCAGCGAUGAAGCAGACGAUUAAUCUGUUGAGUCCGGUGAAGGAUCAGCUUCCACAAUUCCCCGCUCCGGAAGAUAAGAUUUCGGUGAAAACCGAAGGAGAUAAAAUAAUAAUCGAUGCUGAAGUUAAAUCCAAAGCCGAAGAUUUGGUGUUCAUAGCAAAAGCACCGGGAAAACUGGACAGCAGCUUAGCCAAGAUAAGUCGAAGUUUCGAGGACCAGAAAAGCGUGGAAAAGCUUGAUAAGGCCAGUCGCAGCUUCGAUGAUCGCGCCAAGUCAUUUGAGGAUCAUUCGGAUCGAUCGGAGUAUGGUAAUGCCGACGAUAGCAGCAGCCUGGUGAUCAAGUCUCCUACGAAGUUGUCGAAGAGCCAAGAAUUGAAGCAAAAGAUAGAAGGAUCGGUCGUCCACAAAAAGAUUGAAGGGAAAUCGAAAAGCUUGGAGAAGAAAACCGAACCACAAUAUCUGGGCAUUGAGUACAAAACACGGAGUUUGGAUCAGAAUUAUAUAGACAACUUUGGUGACGCAACUUCGCCUGAUUCAGAGGGCAGCAGUAAGAAGCAAGAGGUGGUGAAGGUGGAUGUCCAUCCACGUAAAGUUGAAUCUCCGGAUCAAGAACGCCCUAGAGGAAGAAAAUCUACCGACAGUGAUAGCAAGUCGAUCGAGGAUCGUUCAAGAUUCGACAAGGGUAAAAGCCUUGAUAAUAAUUUGAGUAAAGAUAAGACCCCUGCCAUCGAAAGAAGGUCGCAGUCUCAGCCAGACGAGUUUACAGGUGAGAUUGAUAUGCAGGAUAUAAUUUCUGAGAGAAGAACGUUGGAUUUGUUGAAACGACGAUCCGAAGAAAGAACUUUUGAUUCCACGAGCACUCUGACAGACAACGAAGAGAGGAAACCGUCGAAAGCUGGAAGCGAAGAAUCGUUAACCGAAGUCAGUGAAAUGAAACCAGACGAGAAGGAACCGUACGUUCCAUGUCGAGUACCGACUAUUGAGUACGAGGAACCCUCUUUGGAAGAAGAGUUGGACGAGGUGCCCGGUAAAGAAAAACGAGAAGUUAUGACUAAACUUGCAUUGGAAAGAAGUCGAAGUGAUGAAACGACUUCUUGGGUGACCAUCGCGAGUGAAGAGUUUACUGGGACUGAUGGUCUCGAACAGCAAGAACUAGAAGAGUACGAUAGCGCCCGGAAAGUGGAAACACAAGCCACUUUCGACGAUAUCAAAGACAUCACAAUGCCCGAAUCCGAAGUAUCAACCUCAGAUAUCACUAUUAUCCAAACGAAGAAAACGGUCACUCCUUCGGUGGACGUUAAGCCUUUUGAUCGGCCCCUUCCUCAAAUUCCCGAGAAAAAACGAAUUGCUAAAUCACCAACAAAAGAGGACGUGAAUCUUGAUACUGAAAACAAACAUGCGUCUCAGCGUCGAGGCGACUUCUUACGACUUUCAAUCGAACGGUCUCGUAGCUCCGAUACCGGAUCGAGUCGCGAAAACGAAAUGAGCCCAGUGCGACAAGAUUCUAGUACCCCUCGUGGCAAAGGAUCCCUGGAUGAAGAAUCAAGUGUAAGUUGUUCAAUCGCUCGACCUUUAGGAAUAUCACAGGAUAUGGAUUCAAUGGAACACAUCAAAUGUCACGAGCUUCGUGAAGCAAUGCUAAGAAUGGAAGGAGCCGAAGAUACGAAGAGUCCAGGUAAGAAAGUAUCACCAACACUUGAGAAACAAUACCCGGUAGAUCUGGGAUCAGGAUCUGAAUUGGAUGUCGAUACGGUAGAGGAUCGCAUCUCCAGAAUUCUUCAGCGCGACGAGAGUGAAUCCAGUUCCGAUAAUGGAGUGAUGCAGAAGCCAAAGGUUAUCAAACCUGUUCGUACAACGUUAAUACACAAGAAAGUUUGUAGGACUGCUCAGCCAAAUGAAAAACAGCAAGCACAGACAACAGCCGAGUUGAAAACCGGAACGUUGAAGCUGCUGAGUGCUGACGGCGAUAGAAGUUCUUUGGAAUCAAAAUCAAGUUUGGAGUCGAAAGGAUCUCUCGGUUCCUUCGAGACCGAGAGCAGCUCGGGAUCCUUGGGAGCAGCACAGCGCAAAGGUGAUGUUGUGCAAAAGGAGUCUCUCUCAACAUGGAAACCUUUUCCAAUUGAAAGCUCUGGCAGUUCUAGUGUUGAAGAGAACUGGAUACCUCCGGAUCAAGAGAGCUAUGAGAGCUUUGAUAUAGCAACGGAGACUAUUGAACUGCAGCGAGUAACUGCUCCGGACCAGAAAGAAUCAUCGCCAGAUGAGCAGAAGGAGAGUGAUUCAGAUUUCCAAGAUGAGUUGAACGACUUCCCAACUACCUUUGGCUAUCCGGAAAUGACUUCAACUCUUGGCAUCGGAAUGAAUCCUGUAGAUGUGCUGGGAUAUGGAACGUCCUUCGGAAUUGGGCGCACACUCUCCCGCAUAUCUGAGCGCAGUACCAAUUCAGAAAAAUCUAGUGCGGAGGAAAACGAAGCCGAAAAGUCGAGCCUAGAAGAUUUGAGCGUUCAUGACGAAUCAGCUAUAUCCAGUGAACAGCAUGCCAGUUUGAGUUCUGAUUUGCAUUCCAAUUCUAAUCAAGCUUACAUUUCGGAUGCUGAUCGAAGAACAUCCGCUGAAAUGCCUGAUAUCCCAUGUGAUUCUGCAGCAGCAGAACGAUUAUCGGAACUAUAUCAGAAUAACGUUGUAAAGAAUGGACGAUUCAAAGUGGCACAUCCGACAAGUAUUGAAUCAAAACUGGAAGAGAAACCUAAUCUCCAGUGCUUGUCCGCUGGUGGAAGCCAAGAUUCAGAAGAUUGGCCGCUGCCAGAAAUUCCGUACGAUAACACUCCGGUUGAGAAGUACGAUUCAAACUUAACACCAUCUCAACUAGAAAAAUCAUACUCGAAUCGACAUCAAUGGGCUGGAUCUUCAACCAUCGGACAAUCUCAAGAAUCGGAAACAUGGCCGACUCCACCAUCCAGCAUGUUGGAAACACCGAUUGUGGAAAAUGUGCAGACUUUCCGCGUUUGCGAACCUCAACAUCCAACUCAGGUGAUGGUGGAAUCAUACACAGAACCAACCGGGGAUGAUGAUUCCGACCCAGACUACGCCGAGGUUCCAGAUGAAGCGCCCGAGCCUCCUAAACGUGACUACGGCGUAACACCAAGUUCCAGUAAGAAUGGCGUAACUUCGUCACCAGGCAUUUCUAUGGUUGUGCCAUACGAGAAUACAGCAUAUUUGAUGUCAGCUUCUAACGAACCAGUCACCUAUGAAGCGUAUCAGGAUGCCACUUGUCUCAGUAAAGCACUGGGCCCAACAAGCUGCUUGAGAGGUACCUUUGAGGCUUGCUCUAGUCAAAAAACCUUCACUGGGCCAGGUAUUCUGAAGGAUACCAAUCCGGAUCGUGUCAUUAUAUCUCAACCAACGAAAUCACCUCAAAACCUCAGUCCGAUCACCGACGAUGAUUUCUUCCUAAAUGACGAGGUUUUCGGACCAGGAACGGUCAAAAUCGAAAUAUCUCCGGACGAUAGCAAGCCACUGUCAGAUAUCUCUUUGCAGCAAAAGUUUUCACGUAGUUCGAAUAAUUCGGAUACUUCGAUCGACGAUAUGCUUUCAACGUCCUGCGCAACCUACAUGGAAGACACGGUCCGACGAAAUCUCGAACCUCGAAGACUUAGCAAUGAAUCGUGCAAGAAAUGUAGCCAUUCUAGUCACUCCGAGGAAGAAACGAGCUCCUUCGGAACUGACUUGGAUGGUACGGUCAAAAUGGGUUUGCAACAAAAACGGUGUACCCACAGCUCUCACUCGGAGGAUACUUCGAUUGGUCUUAGCAUCUCAGAGUGGUCUACCGGUACCAAUACGGUGCGACAGUAUGCGAAUCUUUCCGGCUCCGAUAGUCUCUCGGCAGUGUCGAAUCAUUCGGGUAACGCAAAAAGCGAAAAGUCCAAUCACACCAAAAGCAGCGUUAGCUCUAUCCACAAAUCUACGGAAAGCUUGGACGAGAAGAGUAUGAGUUUGUCGAGUAAUAAUAACAAGCGGUUUUCGUUGGAAAAUAUAUCGGAUGGGCCCAAGUAUGAACAGUUCAGUAAUUCGGACACCGAUAAAUUUUCCUCCGGUACAAAGAGUGAUGACACUACGUUAACUUUAACUGAAAUGGCUCAAACAAUAACGGAAUGGUCUACUAGUAGUAGCAAUACUUUAAUAGCUCAAGCAGAAGCUUUGAAACACAUCGAAUCUAAGGGUGAUAGACCUCUGACAAGGACCACGUUUGAAUAUGUCCCCUUGAAACAACCGAAAAUGGUGAAGAAAAGCCCGAUGGAUGACAAACGAAUCAUUCCUUCGGUCCACAUGAAACCCAAAGUAUUACCACCAGUGGCUCCUCCCCCAGAACUGAUUCCUUUCGAGGUGGAAGUGAAACCACCACCUCCUGACCUUAUUCCCAAGUAUAUGCAACCACCAACAAGAAUCCCACCAAAAAUAGUUGAUAUGAUUGAGAAAUCCCCUAAGCGAACAAUACAGCAAACUCCAAUACAGCAGCAACCUUUGCCGCAGCCAUCUCGACCGCGUGAACCGGAACCAGAACCUUCUACCAGCUCAAACAAACGCCGAACGCUGGAAAUGAUGUCACAACGCUAUGCAAGCCAGGACUGCUCAGAGGCCGAACCAUUUUCAGAGAAGUUGUACAAUCAACAGGAGAAACUGACAGAAAGGUAUCAAAGCCAGGAGCUACCAACGAGUGCUCCUCCGUCGAAACCUCCUAGAGGUGAUUCGUUACCCUCUUCAGCUACGGUCCCGUUGGUGGAUAAACCAUUAGUCAAACAUCACAGCUACGAUGAUAAGACACUGUCAAAGUCACAGAUCAGAGAGUACCAAUCGUCAAAGAUGCGAGCAAGCCAAUCGUUCCACGAGCAUCUGGUUUCAUCUGAUUUGAACAAAAUAGUUGAAGAAAAUCUGGGAAGUUCUUCGACAACUACCCACAGCAGUGAGGCAACCGGUAGCACUGACAAUUCGUCGCCAAUGUUCCCUCGGCCGGAGAAGUUGGUUCGCUGUUCACCGUACUAUUCGAGCAGCUUGAGCUCAGAAUCGCCUCCAAUACAGCCAUCGCAGCAACCGCCAGUGGCGAAACCACCCCGCAAAACUUCGCUUCCACGAAGUGUCGUUCCCAAGAGUCCACCGAGUGGUAAUGAUACGGACAGUUCGUUGGAUUUGAGACAGCACGAUCCGAAGUUGAGGUCUCGUGGGUACCGGAAAAAGCGAACGGUUCCGUUGAAGAAGAGUCGAUUCGAUAAUAGGCCUCUAGAGCAUCAAGAAAGCUCUGAGUGUUCGGAAGGGUAUUUCCCGGAGAUGGAGUCAGGAGGGUCGGAUUACGUGGAACAUCAUCAACAGCAAUAUCACAGGUAUCCUGACUUUGAGGAAGAGUUGGAGCAGCUGCCGGAGGAUUACGAAGACGAGACGUAUCGGGCUGAUGAUGAUCCAGGCAGCAAGAACGGAGGCGGCGUUUAUCCGAGCGCAUCAUACUCGAACAAGUUUGAAGGUUUGGAUAUGACUGAGAACGUUGACGAAAUGGGCUUCCCUCGGUACGAUCGGUUGGGUCACAUUACCAAUCCUAGUAUGUACAAAUCGGACACUCCUUCACCUCCGAUGAAGCCGAUACGGCAGAAGAAGCGUCAGAGCAAGCGAGAUGAAGGAGAUGCCGAGUAUCAGGGCGUACAGUACACACCAGAGAGUGGAAGUUGUUCCGAGACGAAGGCCGGACUGUCGGAUGAUGUUUGCUACUCCAGUGAGGAUAGUUUCGCUGCGGCUUAUCAGCGAUCGUUGGGUGGUAGCUCUCGUUACCAGAAGAACGUCGAGAUACCGUAUCCGGACUUUUUGUCCGAUUACGAAAACGAAUCAUCGUCAGCGUGUUCGUAUGCUCGACGUAUGGAACACGAUCGGCACCGAUACGUGGCCAUGGAGCACAAUGCCGGUGCUUACGGUGGUGGCGAGUCAGACAAGGGUGCCGAAGCGUCCGGAUUUGAUCUGAAAACUCUACCGCCACCCAUUUUCAUCGAAGGCGAAGGGUUUAACGAUGAUGAAGAUGAAAUUGAAGACAACGCUAUCUAAGCGGAACUAAGUAGGCGAUAGUCACAAGACUGACGACAAUGUAUGUGCUAAACGAAACCAAAUCGAAAUCAUAGUGAUACGCAUAUUUCAAUCGAACACAAAACGAUGAAUUAAGAGAGAGUAUGGAGGGCUUCGAAGCGCUCCGAUGUUGAAAUCCGCUGGAGAGAUUUUAUACUAAACGUCAUUGGCUGUCAACGAGGAACCACCACGCGCUUGUGUCGAUGGAAGCAGCUGUGGUUAAAGGAUAAAUUUUAAAAACAACAUAACGGUCUAUAUACGUCGAAAGAAGGUUGAAGAUUAUUUUAUUAAGAAAAUAAAAAUAUGAGAUAGCAGUUAUUCAUGGAUGAUAUUAUACAUACACACAUUAUAAUAGCUGUUACUUCAGUCUAAUCAAAGUUUAACAAUAUACACUACCAAAAACAAGUACAGUAGCAAGAAGUCAGGUGGAAUCCUCUCUAGUGCGUAAUUCUAAAGCAAACAAAAAAAAAAAAAACAAAACCCCUAGGGUAGUCAAUGAGGUGCAGUGGUUUUAAGUUUAUAUUCAUACUUUGCGUUUGAUUGAGAACGAAUACGGACAAACAGUAUGAGCUAUUUUGUUUAAUUAGGAGACUUAUAAUUUUUUUGUAAUCACGUAGGGCAACACGGUAAAUGAUUUUAAUUUACGAAUCGAAGCUUUAUUUUGAAAAUCACAAUUUAGCUACAGUUCUAAUAUUAUGUUGGUAAAUUUGAAGAGAAAUAUUAUUUGAAAAAAAAAAAACAGCAGUGAUGCCAAUUGAUUUGUUUGCACUCAAAAGAAGCUCACGAAACCACCGCCGAAUUAUCGAAACUGCAAUUGUUUGUUUGUUGGCUGGAAACGACGAAACUGCUCAAUUUUGUUGUUGGUAAUAAUUUUGCGAAAAAGGUGUUAUAAUUGUGAGAAACAUAAAAAUUAUAAACCAACCCGUACUGUCGACUAGCUGCGCGAAUAGGAAACACAAUGAACAGAAAUCUAUAUAAGAUGACCAUUUUGCUAAAUAAUUGUUAUAUUAUUCUCAUUACAUUAUCAUACGCACUAUAUUAAGCCAAAAGAAUAAGAAGAAAAAAAAGUCAAGAAAAUUAUUAGCAGUAAAAAUGUUACUUUAUAGAUAAAAAGGUACUAAAAUGCAUUUAAGAGGUGCGUAGAAUAGUGUGAAAUGAUUCAAAACGGUCAAACAAAGAAAAAAAAAGAAAUAGAACAUGAGUAGAGAACCGGUAUGAGAACUUUAUGAAAAUGCAUACAAGAUCAAGAAAGAUUAAAUCAAUUGUCCCUUUAUGUGAUUGUUGUUGUUGAAUGAAGCAUGUUUUCCGCUUUAGAGCUUUGGUUGAUUCGAGAAUAGUUGAAAGGAUCCAGUCUACAGUUGAAUAGCUGGAACGUUUAGUUUAAAAGUAAAUUACAUUUAAACUCAUAUAUUGAAAGUAUAACUGUUUAUAUUACAUAAACUGAUUUAUCUCAACUUAUGUACAAUCCCUAUGAAGCAGGCAUCGCCAAAGUGUCAAAUUUAAUUGUGCCAAUAACUACAUAAAAGUCUCAUUUACCUGAAUCUCAUACAAUCCGUUAGAGCCACAUGGAAGUAGGUUUUGUAAAUCCCUACCAAAAUUUUUCAAUCAACGUACCAGUCUGAUCUUCCCUUUGCACUCUAAUGUUAUACUUCCUAAAUUCUGAAGUUUAUUUCAAAUGUAUUUAAUCAUUCAAAACGAAUCAAACAAAAUAUUUAUACUAAUCGAUAAUGCAGAAAAUUGUAACAAUGUUUUAUAAACCACUUUUAUCUUUUGAGAUAAUUUAAUCGAGUGAUAUCGACAAGUAAUAUAAAAUAAUAAAUAUUCAUUACAAAUUACUAUUACCAAAAGAACAAAGCGAGAGAAACAGAUAUACUUUAUGAGAAAAAAUAGCAAUGUUGUUUAUUGAAGGCAAAUGUUUACCGAUAUCUAAUUACGAACAGAUUCUAAGAUGAUGAUGAUUCUAAGUUUGUUGGCAGACGAGACACAUAAAUACUUGCAUACGAAGAACGGCUGAUGGACCGUGAAGAAUACAGCAAACAGAUUGAACAGCUGAAAUAAGAAUACCCUAUGUCGAAACCGAAGAUAUCAUCCAUUUCAUCUCUUUCUUAAACUUGUCCAAUCCGAAUACAUCUACACUUAAUAAAUAGUCGUUCUGCUAGAGACACGAGUAAUUAAAGAAAAAUCUCCAUUAGUCGUAACCAAAAUCAAAAAGAAACUUUCAAAACAAGAAAUCCCGAACCGAACCGAAACUUACUAACAAACAAGCAAACAAACAGGAACCACUCAACUCAAGUAGAAUCGACAAAUGAAGAAAUAAAACAAAACAAAAAAAAAAAAACAGAAAUAACUUUAGCAUAAAUCAAACAGAAAAUGGUGAGAGAAGAAACAGAAAACAAUGGAGAGCCACUCAGCGGCAGAUGGAAAAUAAAUGGAAAGCAAACAGAGAACAGUAUAACAAAACGAAAGUGUCAAUGGAAUGGUAAAUAUCAAAUAAAUAGCAAAUUUAAGAACUUUGCAGUAUUUCGAAAUCUUUAAAUCAA